AUGACUAUCCUACACCACCCGGUACCUUCCAGGUCUUUCCGCUCAUGGGAAGUUAUUGCCGGAGGCCCUCAGAUGCAGUUAUGCGUGCAAGAGCGCACCUGUGAGGGAAUGCGAAAGAACAAGCGAAUCGUCCACCGCUUGUUUUACGGUGAAGCGGAUCUCAAGAAAUAUCGCAUCAUUCGCUCAUCCAAUCGGGUAGACUAUCAGUCGAUGACGGAUGGUAGUGGGAGAAACAUUGCUGAGGAAAGUACAGGCCCCCGUAUGCGACUGGUGUUGGCCACGUCUGACUCACGGGAUGAAAUCAUGAGGGAUUGGGAUGAGUUGAAGGCAAAGGGGAUGCCUCCGUGCGGCGGGAAUUGGGGCCUUGGAGUUUCCCAGCAGAGCAGCGCCUCCUCCAUUGGACAUCAGGGGAGUGAGUUGAGCCCAUUUCAGCGCUCCCCCGUUUGCCCCAACUGGACAGGAAUUGGGGGAAGCCAUCUAGCGUGGGAAAAUGCAACUGAGUACUCGCCACUCUCCGACCUGAGUGCGAGCCCCCAGUUCACGUGUCUUCCCGUACAAGGGGGAAGUAGCGCAGAUGCCUACGAUGCCUGCCUCAUACGUAUCAUGGAAAUGUGGGAUUGGACCCAUCCUUUCGAGACCGCUGCGUAUGUGACCGUUGUGGCUGCUGGGUGGUGGUGUCAAGUAUUGCAGUGGUCGUUUAUUUUUAUCAUUUCCCUGGUAAUGGGUUUACUGCGGUGUCGGCAGUUUAUGACUGAAAAGGAAGAAAGGGAAGGGAAGGCUAGGAUACUUUAUGUGACGAAUUUUCUCGUCAUGAAUGUAUCUAAAAACGUUAUCCAUUUCGUGUCUGGGGUUGUGUGUCUGCAUUGGCUUGUCGUGUGGUUGGCACCGCAGUGGACGUUGAUUAAUAUUUUUGAGCACGUGAUACCGCCGCUGAUAAUUGCAUCACUCCUUCACACAGGAUUCAGGCGGCUAAUAGGGACUCCACUGGUCAGAAGAACGAAGCCCCUUUCCUCCAAAACUGAGUCUGCAGCGAGUUGUGGGUUCAAUUACUCGCUGCUUUCGUCGGGUAGUAACGUGUGCACCGGAGCCUUUUCCGGACACAAUUCCGGGAGUCCAGUUCGACGGGAAGCGAAUGCAGCGGCAGGGGGUACCGCCUUCUUCGGUGAACGCUGCGACCGCAAUUCACUUGCAAACCGCCAACCAUCAACGCCUUCACUACGGUCGCGUGAAUGGCUGCGGGGAGACGGCUUGGUGGGAGACAGCGGAGCCUGGGAGAGAAGUGGCACAACGAACACGACAACGAUCUUUGUCGAGGUUGAUGUCCCCCAGGGGAGUGUAAACUCGCUACAGGCCGUACUGGCUAACGCAGUGCGUAGCGAGAGGCAGGGGAACUAUUUCUUCCGAUGCAACAAAACGCUGAGUCGUCAAACACUUGUAAGCACUAAAGAUGGAAGCGAGUUCACUCUCUCUACAGUGUACAUGUUGGCCGGUGCACGGGAGUCGCUGCGUACGGAUACGAAUGCUUCCUGUGGACUUGACUUCCCGGUGGGACCACAGCAAGGAGAGCAAAGCGCAGUGCAGAGUUUGGCUGGCGCCGAGAGCAGUGCGGAGUCGCCACCUUCAGCAGACCCCGCCAUCAAAUCGAUGAGAACACCCAUCACACUGCCUUCCUUACUUGGAUUUGCCAAAGAUGAGGGCCUGCUAACGUGGAGUUACGACAUUGCUGGGUCCGAGCGUGAAGACGGAUCUCUUAGGUUGCGCGCUUGCUAUACCAUAACUUCAAGUACUAACCUUCCGGAAAGUACGCGUCACGAGUUGACUAAACAACUAUCGUGUAAGGCGGAUGCCAUAGUGGAGCUACUCGGUACAAGUGGUGCUGAAAUCCGCACGGCGGUACCGAAAGAAGACCGACAGCGCACCACAUCGUUGCAUGUGUCUCCUGUCCGCUCUGCGGUGUGCACCACUCCCCCAGCACAUGUGCAGGAUGGGGUAGCAGAGAACAUUCCCAAGUGUGAGGAAAACAAUGGUGCACUGCAGAUAGCCGAAUAUGUGAUCAAGGAAAUUUUCUUGAAGUGCAAGUGGGAUUUUGUGUCGCAAAAGAAAGGGGCGACGCUGUGGACUGCAGACACGCAGUGGUCGGAUAAAAAGGCGGUAAAGGUGGUCGUACACAUUCCUCGAGCCACCCUGGCGGAUGUGGAUUCAGUUGUGAAUGACCCUCAUUUGGUUAGUGUAAUGGACAACAUGGUGGAGGCAAAAGUGCUGGUGAGAAAGGUAUCUUCCGACGUUCACAUUUAUCACACAAAGUUUAGUUCCCCUUUUUGGGGAAUUUCGGCGCGUGAUGUCGUGACACGUACCGCCGUCUCGUUCUACCCAAGCGAAGAUCAGCGCGUUGCCAUGGGUCUCGAAGGAGGUAAACCCAUGUUUCUACAUACUUCUGUGGAUGCUCCGAGUGAGGUACCAACUUUAGCAGGUUUCGUACGUGCGCGUGUUUUCGCAUUUGGUGUGUUAGCUGAAGUAGCAGUUGGUGAUGAUGGUCUGGAAGGAGUGCGAGUGACCCGAUGUAUAGCAGCUGACCCCGAGGGUUUACUUCCAGGUUACGUUGUGAACGCGCUUUCGGUGAUGCAACUUGACAGCAUUCUCACAUUUGCGAAGUUCGUGAAAAAGCGGGCGAGGGCUUCCGUUUCUGGUGCCGCAUCGCAAUGUUUUGGACGUGAGAGUGAGGAAAGGGCGGAAGCAACACCUGCCGUUUGA